AUGCAGACGCGCUGCCAAGACCAAGUGCGCCGUAGAUUCCGCCACAGAUUCCGCCACAGAUUCCGCCGCAACUUCCGCCGCGCCCCGUACAGCACAAGCCACGCCGUAGGAUUCCAGCCGCCAUCCGCCAUCCGCCAUCCACACCGCCCGAAACCUCGUCCGCCGCCAAGCCUCCAUCCAACUUCAUCCCACCUCAUCCCACCUCAUCCCACCUCAUCCCACCCCUCCCUCCCAGCACCUCAGCUCAGCAUCACCAUGGCCCACCCCCGCGUCGAAGAGGUCUCCGACAGCGACCCGGACGUCCCGGACAUCGCGUCCCUCCAAGACGACACCGACUUUGCCGACUCGGACAUUAUGCGCCGCGUCUCCGCCGCCCAGCCGCCGCAGCAGCAGCUGCAACCGCCUCGUCUUCCCCGUCCCUCGCCUCCUCCUCCUCCUCCUCCUCCUCCGCAGCAUCCGCAGCAGCCGCAGCAGCUGCCGCCCCACGACGCCGACCAGUACCGCUCCGCGCAGUGCCUCUACCCCGUCUACUUCGACGCGACGCGGUCCCGCGCCCAGGGCCGCCGCGUCGCCGCCGCCCUCGCCGUGGCCAACCCCCUCGCGCACGACAUCGCCUCCGCCUGCGCCCGCCUCCGCCUGCCCACCUUCUUCGAGCCGCAGAAGACGCACCCCAAGGACUGGGCCAACCCGGGCCGCGUGCGCGUCGCCCUCAAGCCCGACGCCGCCGUCUCCAAGCACCGCCUGUACGCCCUCGUCGCCAAGCAGCUGCAGAAGAGCCCGACCACGGAGAGCAGCCCCGGCCUGCGGGUCCGCAUGAAGGGCCUGGCCGAGCCGCCCGAGGGGGCGGCCUACCCGCGGCCGGCGGUCCCGCGCGGCUGGAAGAUGGGCGAGUGGCUGCCGUACCUGAGCCCGGCGCUGACGGGCGGCGGCGUGUCCGAGACCCUGCUGCGGGACAUGAUGAAGGAGAUGCAGAUGGGGGGGGAUCCCAUGGCCGCCCUGAUGGCCGGGGGGGGGGCGGCGUCGGCCGAAGAUGGCGGCGGCGCCGCGACGAGGAGGAAGAAGGACAAGAAGGGCAAGGGGAGGGCUUGA